AUGGCGUCGCUGAACAGCAACGGCAACAACACCAGCAGCAGCAGCAGCACACACGCACGCAAGAAAGCAAAAACCCUCACAGAAACAAAAAAUGCAGGGAACGAGAACUGCUGCAUUGCUGCAGCGCGCCGCGAUACUAUGGAGCGCCCACCACGCAAAGACAGCGCAGGCGCCACGCACCAGGUCAACACGAAUAAGAUGGGAACGCGCGUAUCGCUAAAUAUUUCCAAUGCCACGAAUCUCAUGGUCCAUCAGAAUCGGUGGUUGGCUCUCGGGGUGGCAGGCGCCGCGUUGUGUAUCUCGCUAUCUUUCUUUUCCCUUUUUCGUUGCUCCUCUGUUGCCCCCACCCCACCCC